CGAAGCUGCACUAGGAGUGAGUGUGAUCACCUGAGACCAGGAAGAGUAGGGGGUGAUAAACAUAGACCUAUUUACUUUUAACCAUUUGAGGGGGCUUGCGCACGCAAGGAAUCAGUCGGAGUCUCCCCUCUCUGCUGUGACCCCUUUUCAUUUCCUCUGCCCAGAGUGUUGCACCUAAUUUCACAACAAUGUUCAAGAAACUAAAGCAAAAGAUCACAGAGGAGCAAUCCCCAGCAAGAGGUACCCCCAGUCCCCAGCAGCAGGGCCUGCCAAGAACAGCUCCAACAGGCAACAGGAGCCGGACCUCCUCAAUAACAGAGCAGCAGGAUGAUACCACAGCCGCUCCUGACAAAGAGCUGCUGGCCGGGAUGAUAGCAGAGCCUGCUUUACUGUCUGAGUACACUAUCUUUGCUUUGGACCAUACCAAACGGUCCAAACCACAGGGUAACAGUGUGAAUGCAGCAACACUGGCAGGUGCUAGGUCAUCAGACAACAUCAAUGGAAACGAUGCUUCAUCCAGUCAGAAAGGGGAUUCUCAGUCUUUUGCACAAAAACUCCAGCUUCGGGUACCUUCUAUGGAGUCCUUAUUCAGGAGCCCUGUCAAAGAGUCCUUGUUUCGCUCACCAUCAAAAGAGUCACUAGUGCGUAGUGGAUCUCGUGAAUCCUUGAACCGAAUAGAUACCGACAGCUCAGGACCUGUGUUUGAUCCUUCUUCUGAUAUUGAAAGUGAAGCAGAGGAAUCUUCUAGUAACAUGGAGGGUCUCAGCAAAGAGCAACUUUUUCAUCGGUUGCGUAGGAUGGAGAGGAGCCUGGGCAACUACAGAGGGAAAUAUUCUGAGCUUGUCACUGCAUAUAGAACAAUGCAGAGGGACAAAGAAAAGCUACAGUCAAUCUUGAGCCAAAGCCAGGACAAAGCAUUAAGGAGAAUUGGAGAGCUGCGAGAGGAGCUUCAAAUGGACCAACAGGCCAAGAAACAUUUACAGGAAGAGUUUGAUGCAUCUUUAGAAGAGAAAGAUCAGCUAAUCAGCGUAUUACAAACUCAGGUGACAUUACUUAAGCAACGACUUGGAAAUAGCCCAGCUGUCUCUGACGUUCCUGAAACAAAUGCUGAUGCUCAGAGUCCUGGGCAGGAAAUGGCUGUGGACAGUACUUCAGGUGCAGAUGGUGGAGAUGCCAAUGCUUUCAAAACAGUAGAAGCUCUUCAAGUGAGAGUAAAGCGCCAGGAGAACCUUCUGCACAGGUGCAAAGAAACUAUACGAUUGCACAAGGAGCGGUCUGUUCAGCUCACUAGCGAGAAAGAUGCUCUUCAAAACCAAUUGGAUGAGCGGCUCCAGGAACUUGAAAAAGUCAAGGAACUUCACACUAGUGAGAAGACCAAGCUGAUUACCCAGCUGCGUGAUGCUAAGAAUUUGGUGGAACAGCUUGAACAAGAUAAGGGCAUGGUCAUUGCAGAAACAAAACGACAAAUGCAUGAGACCAUGGAGUUGAAGGAAGAGGAGGUUUCUCAGCUUCGGAAGCGGGUCAAGCAGUUAACUGCACAGUGCGAGGAACUUCAGGAGCUGAAAGAGAAAUCUGAGAAAUCUGCUUUUGAAGAACUUGAAAAAGCUUUUGGUGCAUCCCUAAAGACAGAAGAGGUUCGCAAAAAGGGGAAAUUGGAGAUGGAGGAGCAGAUAAAAGCCAUAGAACAAGCCAGCGAAGAGGAGCGUGUGAACCUUCAGAAGGAGCUGAGUCGCGUGAAGCAAGAGGUGGUUGAUAUCAUGAAGAAAUCCUGUGACAAUCGCAUUGCCGAGAUGGAGAAGUCACAAACAGAGGCCUUAUUGCAGAAAGAGCAAGAGCUAACUGAAAGGCUGAGAAUCCAGGAACAAGAGUUUGAAGAAAAACUAAAGGCAGCUCUUGCAAAUAGUCAAGAGAAGUAUUUAAAUACCACUCAAGAAAAAGAACAGCAGGCUUUGCUGGCAUUGGAAGAGCUGGAGUUGCAGAAAAAAGCCAUUCAGUCCCAGACUAUGAACCAGCUUCAGGAAAUGCAGCAAGAAGUGGAGACGUAUAGAACAAGGAUUCUUGAACUGGAAAGUACGCUUGCUAAAUAUUCCCAAGACAGCCAAAGUACAUCUGAAGAAAUAGCUGCUCGAAUUGAAUCCGAGACAAAUAAGCACAAUGCAGAAAUCACUUCACUCACUGAGAAACACAAGGCUGAACUUGAAACGAUUAGUCAGGAACAGGAAAAAAUCUGUUCAGAUAAGCUAGAGCUUCUGAAACAAGAGCAUAUUGUUAACAUUACAGAAUUAAAGGAGAAGCUUCUGCAAGAACAUGACACGCAACUAAAGGAAAAGGAGCGACUGUUUCAGGCUCAUAUUGAAGAAAUGAAUGAAAAGACGCUGGAAAAGUUAGAUGUUAAGCAAACUGAGUUAGAAGCACUUUCAACUGAACUUUCUGAGGCUUUAAAAACACGACAAGAGAUUGAGCAAAAGCUUCUAACAAGUGAGGGUGAGAUUUAUCAAAUUAAGCAGGAAUAUGAGACUCAGCUGAAUGAUAUAAAGGAACAACACAAAGAACGAAUUGGUGCUAUGGAAAAAGAAAGGGAGAUUCUUACUCAGGGGGUUGAAAAGGAUCUCAAGGAAGAAAUAAACCACCUGAAGCUUCUGCUGGAUGGAAAGGAGAAAGAACUGGAAGACUUGAGGAUGGAAAAGCAAAAGCUGAAGGAAGCUGUUGAGAAGGUUGAAGUUGUCCUCAAAGAUGUAACAGCUCAGUUGGAACAAGUGCACCAAUCGAACCGGGAAAAAGCAGAGGCUUAUGAAAUAGAGGUCUCUGAGCUGCAGGAGAAGAUAUUACAUAUAACAGAAGAAAGAGACCGUCUGAAAGAACUGGUAGAUGCAGCAGAAUCACAGCUAAAUAGUGCUCAUACAGAGCUUGAUUCCUAUAAAGUAGAGAGAGAGAACUUAACCUUGAAAAUGGAAGAGCAAAACACAAGCAUGACUGAAAAAUUUAACUCUCUGGUACUUCAGUCAGACACACAAACUAAAGAAUUGAGAGUCCAAAUUGAAGAAUUGAACUCAACUGUUAUAGAGAAAGAAAAGGAAAUGGUUAAACUGAAAGAGACUCAUAGUCAACUUAUUUCAAACCUUAACCAAAAUUUGACUGACAAAGAUGAAAAAUUACGUUCUCUAAACGAAGAAUAUCAAACAAAAACUAAGGGCCAAGAAAGCAAACUUGAGAAAAUGAAGCAAAGAAUAAAAGACAUGCAAGAAUCAUCCAAGAAGAAAUAUUCUGAGAUGGAAAGCAAACUUAAAAAGGAACUAGAAAAAAAGCAACUCGAGAUUAGUAACAAAGAAAAGCAGUUUAAUGAAAAGAUGCUUGAGAUGGCCCAUGCUAGUUCCUCCGGGAUAAAUGAAGCUUUAUCUCAACUGGAGCAGAACCAUAAGGAUCAAAUACAGAAUAUUACAGAGGCUCAUGAGCGAGAACUUGAAGAAACUGCAGAGGCUUGGGGAAAAAAACUAAAUCAGAAAAUUGAAGACCAGAAAGAGAAACAUGAGUUGGAACUUCAGGAAAAAGAUCAAGAAGUAGCUGAAGUAAAUCAGCUGUUAUCACACAUAAGCAAAGAAAAGGAAGUGAUGGACCAACAAAUAACGGCGUUAAAAGAAGCAAAAAGUAAGAUCGAUACUGCUUACCAUGAGUUGCAGGAGCAAUUAAGCCAGGCAUCUUCUCAGGUGCUAUCUUUGUCACAGAGUGAAAGUAUCCUAAAAUCACAACUUGAAAAAUUGGAGAGUGAUUGUACUAGGUUAAUAGAAGAUAAGGCAUUUUUUGAAGAUCAGCUUGGCAACCUCAAGAUAUUGUCAGAAGAGGAUAAGAGCAAAAUUAGUGAUUUAAUGAACAAGUUACAAUCUGCUGAAGAAAAAUGUCAAGAGAUUGAGUAUUCACUCCAUAAAGAGCGAGCAGAGUUUGAGAACAAAUUACAGAUUAAGCUUUCUGAAAAAGAAAUUAAAUAUCAACUCAUAGAGGAGCAAGUACAGAAACUAGAGUCUUGCUUCAAAGAAAUUGAUAGGAUCUUUGACUCUACCACUAAUGGACUAAUAGAAAAAUAUAACAAUCACAUGAAUACAUUAAUUUCCAGAAUUGCUCAUUGUGAAAAAAACACAUUUAAAUUAAAGGAACCCAUUUCAAGACAUGUGAGCAAAGUUCAUGAAUUAGAAGCACAACUCAUACAAGUAACUAAAGAUCAUGCUUCAUUAAAUAGUUCUUUCAAUCAAGCCACUCAACAUUUACAAGAAAAAGAGAAUGUGAUUGUAUCCCUUAAAGAUGAACUCCAAGGUUUAACAAUUGAAAAGGAAACCUUACAAAGAGAAGGUGGCAAUCAGCAAAGAGACGCAGAUGAAAAAGAGAGUUGCAUCACUCAGUUGAAGAAAGAGUUGUCCGACAAUAUUAAUACCGUCACUUCUCUGACAACAUCACUUAAAGAAAAAGAUUCAGAGAUGUCUUCUCUGUAUUCUCAAAUAAAUGAACUUAAGUUAAAGCUUGAAAAUAGUGUGGACUUAGCAGAAAAAGAAAAAGCCAUAGCUUUCCUGAGCACCCAACAAAAGGACAGUGAGCAACAACUAUUAAACCAAAUACAAGAUUUAACCUCCAAAAUUGAUGCAUUAAACAAAGAGAAAACAUCUGCUCUAAAUGAGGCAGAUAAACUGAAAAAUAAGUUGGAGGAGUGGAAGAAAAAGGCAGAAGUCAAAUUUACACAGAACCACAAAACUGUCAAGGACUUGCAGGAAAAGGUUGAAAUUAGCAAUAAAGAAAUUUCAGAAAGAAAUGAGAAACUUAAGAGAAUCACAGAAGAGUUUGAACGCUUUCGAAAUAACAUGGAACAAGGACAGGCAAUGAGGGAAAGCAAAGAAUUUGAUUUAACCACGCAGUUAGAUGGCCAGAAAGCUAAAACUGUGGAAUUAGAGGAACAGUUAAACAAAUUAGUUUCUGAAAACAAAGGUUUAGCAGAGGAACUGGAAAGGCAAAGUCAACAAUAUGUUAUAGAAAGGAAGGAUCUAGUUGAAGAACUUCAGCAUGUCCAGAAUGCUGUGCUAGUAAAAAGCAGUUGUUCCAUGGAAGCAGAACAAAAAGUUGUGAAACUUGAAAAAGAAAUUGACGACUUAAGGAAGGAGCUUGAUGCAAAACAAAUUAUGUUUGAGCAGGUAAAAAAUGAUCAUUGUGAAAGUAAAGAAAAAGAGCUGAAAGCACUGGAAGAACGUCUCACUGCAGAAAGUUUGAACAAAUUGUCUGAUUUAAAGAAAAAGGCAGAGCAGAAGAUUGCUUCUGUUAAGAAGCAAUUUAUGUCUCAGUUGGAAGAGAAAGACCAAUCCAAAAAAGAUCUUGAAAGUAAAUUGAAUGAAUUGCGAGAUUUGAUGCAGAAUGAAGGACAAGCAAUGAAAGAAGGAUUUCAAGAGGGCAUGAAAGAGCACGAGAUGAAAUAUACAUUGCUGCUUGAACAGAACAAAAAUAGAGAAGCUGAUUUAGCAAAGAUGGAAGAAGAGCUAAAAUCUAAGGAUCAGAAAGUUCUUGAGUUAGAAGAAGCUCUUGAAGAUGUUAAGAAACGACUUAAUGAAAGUGAACAGUACAUUGUGAAGAAGGAUUUGGAAUUGGCAAGUAAGCAGGAGUCAGAGAAACUGGAAAUUGAAGAGCUGAAUUCCAAACAUGAGACUAUUUUAAGUGCUCUUCAUGAGCAGUUGACUGCUAAAGAUGAAGAGAUUAAGGCUUUUAAGGAAAAAGAUGAAGAAAAAGUCAGGUCCUAUGAAGAACUGCAAAUGCAGUUUGAUGAAAUUCAGUCUCAGGAGAAAGCACUGCAGUUAAAACUGGAAGAAGUAGAAGCUGAAAAACUUAAAUUUCGCAAAGAAGUGGUCAAACUACAGAAGGACAUGCGCUCUUUACGGAAAGAGCAAAAUCAAGAGUUAGAUUUAGUAAAGAAAGAACUUUCCGAUGAAGCUGAGCAAAGAAUUAAACAUGAACAGGAAGACAUGGAAUUAAAGCACAACUCCACUUUGAAACAACUAAUGAGGGAAUUCAACACACAGUUGGCACAAAAGGAGCGGGAGAUUGAAACAGCUGUUCAGGAGACGAUCAGUAAAGCUCAAGAGGUUGAGGCAGAGUUGAUGCAAACACACCAAAUAGCAGCAACACAGCUGCAUAAAAAGAUUGCAGAAAAAGAGGAUGACCUAAAGAGAACUGUUAAAAAAUAUGAAGAAAUUCUGGAGACUCGGGAAGAGGAAAUGACUGCAAAAGUUACAGAUUUGCAGGAACAAGUCAACAGACUGCAAGAAGAGCUGUCACAAAAGCAAGAGGAACUGUCACAAAUGCAAGAGGAGAAACAAGUGGAAAACGGAGAGGAUACUGUAUCUGAGCUUCAGACACAGCUAGCGAAGAAAACGACACAACUAAAUGGUGCCAUAUUGAAUGAACAGGAGCUUAAAGAGAAGAUUAAUACCUUAGAAGACCAACUGAACCGGUAUACACAAAGUGUGUUUGUAACUCCUAUGGGCACUCCGUAUAGAGAUGUGAAUCACCGGCACGCUGAUGUUUCUGUUUCUGUUUUCGGUGAGCCCACUGAAUUUGAAUACUUAAGAAAAGUGAUGUUCGAAUACAUGAUGGGACGUGAAACAAAGACAAUGGCAAAAGUAAUAACUACAGUGCUGAGGUUCCCAGCUGACCAGGCAGAAAAGAUUUUAGAGAGGGAAGACUCCCGGCCUUUGUCUUGGCUUCGACCUUCAACCUGAAGACCAUUUCCGAGUCAUUUUGAAGAUACUGCGUAAUUUAGCUGUAAAUGUAAUCAAUAUCUUCCAAAAACAGAUUCUGUGAAUUGCGACUCAUAUCUGUUUAACAAGUUCUACAAUCAAGCACUCUGACCAUUAAUGGCCUUGACAUGAGCUGAUGCCACAUGGUGACAUCUUUACAUAAACACGAUUAAUUUCCUUUCCUUUUCUUCCUGUUUUCUUAAAUAUGUCAACUGAUUAUUUAUUUAACGAUACAUGCAUACUAUGGUGAUAACUAAACAAUGUAUUAAAUCCAAACUGCUAAACUUAUUGUGUUACUAGCUAAACAGUGAAGGCUUGUAAAGGAUGGUGAUACGAAAAAUAAUUUGCUUGCUUAAAGGGACAUUAAAUUCAUAUUUAUAUAAACAUAGAAUGCAUCAACAGUUAGAUAAUACAUUCUAAAUUAUCUGCAUACAAAAUAAAUGUGUUAAAAAUGAUUAAAACUUUAAUUUUAUUAGCAAUAUUUGUAUCGUUCUGCUAUCUGAGGAUAUAUUCCUUAAUAAAACUAUUAUUAUAUUAUCACCUAUGCUGUGGCUAGUUAGGGAUAUAUAUAUAUAUAUAUAUAUAUAUAUAUAUAUAUAUACAAUCUAAUGAUUAAGCAAUUACUGUGUAGAUCGUUGCAGGAUUACAUUUCAUCCACUCUAUUAAAAAAAAAAAAAGUAAAUAAGGCAAAACGGAUAAUGAAUGAGCAUUGCAGCUUACUGUUGAUAAUUCAAACAUUUCUAAGAUUCAGUUUUGAGUAUAAUGUCCCUUUAAGCAGGCAUUGAUAGAGCAUGCAAUGUUAAACGACUUUCUAAUUUACUUCUAUUAUCAAUUUUUAUUCGUUCUCUUGUCAUCUUUAUUUGAAAAAGCAGGAAUCUAAGCUUAGCAGCUGGCCCACGUUUGGUUUAGGACCAUGGAUAGCACUUGCUGAUUGGUGGCCAAACAAAAAAUCAGCCGGCUCUUAAAGAACAAAGCUAAAUUGAUAAUAGGAGUAAAUUAGAAAGUUGCUUAAUAUUGCAUGUUCUAUCUGAAUGGUGAAAUAAAAAAAUUGGGCUUAGUGUCCCGUUAGGACUAAAGUUCAUAACUAAAAAAGCAAUGGGCAGAGAAUAGGAUACCAAUGAAUGCAUCUGUAUCUCCCAUGAGCUAGUGCUGUAGAUACAGCUAGUCUAUUGAGAUUUUUCUGUGUAUAAGAACACGUUUAAAGAUGAAUAGAUUCUAGUAAUCAUAUAUUAUCCUGCAGUACUAGCAUAGGAUGGAAGUACUUGAUUACCCUAGGUUCCACCAUUGGUAGGAGGAAUACUUGCCUCACAUUAUUGCACUUUACAUAUCACAAUGCAACUGAACUGAAUAGAUACGGUUGAGCUGUGGGUUGCCUGCACUGCAAGAUAAUUUUAUGUUUUCUAGACUUCAAAUUAAUUUAUUUUGUGUAAAAAAAUAUUGAUCUUUCAAGUAGGCUCUUAAAACAAAUGAAUGAUAGAAAAAUUGACAAUGUAUUGUCCUUUUGAAGUCACCUUUUUAGCAUGACAAGACCACUUUUAAAAGCUGCUACACUUUCCCCUAAAAUAGCUGGAUUUAAAGGGACGUUUAACAGAAUAGUUACUUCUCACUAGUGUUUUUGCUCCUUUGUCUGCAGCUUUGUUCGGAGCUAAUCUGUUAGGUUAACCCUUUACAGAUGCAGGUUGGUGAAGCUCUGCAGUUCUUGGACCCUGUGACAGAAGUGAUGAAAAUUCACAGAUUGGUAAAUGUACUGUGGAGUACACUGAAUGUUACAUGUCAGGUGGUAUUAUGGAGUAGGCAGGAGAGGCAGAGUAAAACUUUGUAAUAUUAUAAUAUUUUCUGUUAUACAAAGCACAAAUUUAUUACAUAAUUUAACAUAAAUGUAUUUAAUGAUAUGUUGUGCAAUAAAUAUUGAAGCAUUUUAGUAAUAGCUUAUUUUAGCUCAGAGGGACAAUCUACUCAAGAAUUUGUAUUGUUUAAAAAGAAAGAUAAUCCCUUUAUUACCCAUUCCACAGUUUUGCAUUACCAACAUGGUUAUAUUAAUAUACUCUGUACCUCUGUGAUUACCUUGUAUCUAAGCCUCUGCAGACUGUCUCCUUAUUUUAGUUCUUUUGACAGACUUGCAUUUUAGCCAAUUAGUGGUGACUCCUAGGUAACUCCAUGGUAGUGAGCACAAUGUUAUCAAUAUGGCACACAAGAACUAGCACUGUCUAGCUGUGAAAAACUGUCAAAAUGCACUAAGAUAAGAGGCGUAGCCUUCAAGGACUUAGAAAUUAGCAUAUGAGACUACCUAGGUUUAGCUUUCAACAAAGAUUACCAAGAGAACAAAGCAAAGUUAAUGAUAAAAGUAAAUUAGAAAGUUGUUUAAAAUUACAUGCCCUAUCUGAAUCAUGAAAGUUUAAUUUUGACUUGAGUGUCCCUUUAAUAUCAGCCUUGUGAUGUGCCUAUUAAAAAAGUCCUUGGAAGGAGACUGACAUUGAUAAUAUUGCUGUUUUUUUUCACACCUGUAAUGUGCGCCUUAGGAUAGCACUCACAAUACUGUGUGGGAAGUUUAUAGCUUUGAAGUUUUAUACACAGUUUGAAAUGUAUUUAAUAUAGAACAACAUAACGACUGCAAAAAUGAAAAACUCCCAUUCUGUGUUAUGCACUCUUAACCACAGUGCGGCUGUCAAAAAGUCAACAUCGUCACUGAUCUGUGAAUCCACUUUUGUCAUAGAGUGCAAGAAUACCUAAGCUCUAAGAUGGUGGCACCCAGUAUCAUUAACCCUUUAAAGAGAAGCGACAUACUCUGUAGGUCGCCGGUCUUUCUAUUGGGGGUGUGAUUUUAGCCCAAUCUUGCCGCUAGCAGCGAGACCAUGCUAUUUUAACAAGCCUGCAGGAGGGAGGGAAGGUCCAAUAGCGCAGUCUUGCUGCUCGUGGCAAGACUCGCGCUAUAGCAACCAGGCAAACCCUUAACGACCGGCAAUGUACAGGGUACAUGUCGGUCAUUCAGCGGUUAACUUUAUACUCGGCACCAGUUAGGGGUUAUCAAAUAACCGCUUUAAAGAGAGCAAUAACAAUAGCGAGGUUAGUAGUAUCUAUGCUAUUGUAGCAGUGCCCAGCAGUUCAAUGUCCCUUUAUAACAACACUUCAGAACGAUGCAUAAAUAUGUUCCUACAGUCACCGUGUAAUAGAGGACAACACAAUCCUGUUAUGUAAUGGCAUGCUAUAACUAAGUGUUUUAUAGCUGUUCUUAAUAUGCAAGUGUCUGACCUCUGUACUGUGGUCAGAUUCAUAACAUUUAUAAUCAUAUACAUAUUUCAUAAAGACUGAACCAUUUAUUAAAUUUCAGCUACUUUUUAUGUUUUUGAUCAUUUUGUUUGAAAGAAUUGUGCAAUACUUUAAUGGAGGGUAAUUUGGGGUUUAUUAUAACAUAUUUAAUUAUUUUGUGACUUAGUUGAAUUAUUUUAUUCUGCGUUAUCUGUGGUUGAUUUUGUUCGCUAUGGGCCAGUUCUUCUAUGCUUUCAUCUAUGAUGAAGAUCUAAACCUGGAGUACCUCAUUGGUCUUCUAGCUUUUUGUACUUAUUUUCAUUGAUUAAAUAUACUACUGUAUAUUGUAAAUAGUUUACAUAACUGUAUCAUAAUACUGUUUUGUGGCGGUUUCAAUGUAAAUCCUGGUAAGUGGAAAGGUAAAUAAAGUUUUAUUCACAAAACAA